AUGCCACCCCAGCGACACUCCCAGUUACUUCCUUUACUAGCUUUGUCCAUAGAAUUUGGUUCAACUGUUGCCCUUGCUUUUACUGCACCGUUGAAAAUGGGUUCAUGGUUUUUGAUAGAAGAAUUUAGCGUUAAGGUUCUUCUAACAGUUGUUAAACUUUUUGCCUCCAAUGAUCGGGCUAUUCGAGUUGGUCUGCUGCAACAUAUUGAUCAAUAUGGGGAGUCAUUGUCAGCACAAAUUGUUGACGAGCACGUAUGCAGCAAGUCAUAA